GCAUGAGAACAAUUCAAAAAUAAAAACAAAACAAAAACAAAAAAAACUCAGCUUUGUAUCGUUUAGUGUUUUGCUAAACUUCACAAAUUUGUAACGUCUGAAUAAAAUUCAGUGCUGAUCUUCCUGGAAGUACAGCUAAGUAUAAAAAAAAAAUAGUACUGGCCAUCUGCAGUACUUGACAUUUAAACCACAUUUGGUUAAGCAUGAAGACAAUGCGAACCAGCCUUUAAAUACUUCAGUUUGGGAACUAAAGUGGCAGUUUCAAGCACUACCUCUACUUAAGAAGAUUAUGCAGAAAACAGAGUGAAGCAUAUUCAAUCUAGAACUGCGAGUAUAUCUGAUUGCUAAGGAACAACAUUAAUGGAUACCACAGAGAAGGUUAUACAAUAAUUGAUUACCCAACAAAGAAAAAGCCCGUCCCUUGGGAUGCAAAACUCCCUCAGAACACUGACACCUCGGUAAAGGACCACUUGCAACCUAUCAAAUCAGAAUAAGAUAGGAACACAGACUGAAAUAUUCUAAGAUGUCCAACUCAAGCGUAAACGCUUCAGAAGACAACUGCACUUACAGCUCAGUAGCAACUACUCAUGUCAUUCCACUGGCUUAUGGAUUCAUUUUCAUAGGAGGAAUCCUGCUAAAUGGUGUAGCAGCAUGGAUUUUUCUACAUGUUCCUAGCAAGAAAAGCUUUGUCGUCUAUCUCAAGAACAUUGUUGUUGCCGACCUUCUUAUGAGCCUGACUCUCCCCUUCAAAAUUCUUAAUGAUUCACAAAUUGGGCCUUGGCAGCUCAAUGUUUUAGUCUGCCGAUUUUCUGCUGUUAUUUUUUACCUAAAUAUGUAUGUUGGAAUAACAUUUUUUGGCCUCAUAGGGUUUGACAGAUACUACAAAAUUGUAAAGCCUCUGCUUACCUCCUUUGUUCACACAGUUAAUUACAGCAAGAUUAUCUCUGUAGUCGUAUGGGCAUUGCUCAUGUUUUUGUCAUUUCCAAAUAUUAUUUUAACUAACCAGAGUCCUACAGAGAAGAAUUCCAAAAAGUGUGUAACUCUUAAAAGUGAGCUUGGUCUACAGUGGCAUAAGGCUUCAAGCUAUAUUUGCCUAGGAAUUUUCUGGACUGUGUUUCUUCUGUUAAUCAUUUUUUACAGUGCAAUAGCAAGAAAAAUAUAUAGUUCCUAUAGAAAGUUCAGAAGAAAUUCAACAGUAACUAGGGAAAAAAUCAAUCGCAAUAUAUUCAGCAUCAUGUUUGUAUUUGUCAUUUGUUUUGUACCAUAUCAUCUUUGCAGACUUCCAUACACAUUAAGUCAAACUGGAUCUCAGUUCUCCUGUCAGUCAAGCAAAAAUCUGUACUAUGCAAAAGAAUUUACUCUGUUUCUCUCCGCUGCAAAUGUGUGCCUUGAUCCCAUUAUUUAUUUAUUUCUCUGCAAGCCCUUUAGAGAAAAGUUAUACCAAAAACUGCAUCUCAAGUUGACAACUUUAGGUGAAAUAGAAAACUCUAGAUCCAGAAGGUCAAACACUACAUGAAAGUGUCAUUAUUUCAGAAAUUCACAUAUCCCUUAUAAGAUAUAGUAUGGAAAAUUAUUCCAGAUUGCAAAGCGGUUAACAAAGGAACUGGAUAAAUGAAGAGCAUGUGCAACAAUAAACACGAGGUGUCAAUUUAAAAAGUAUUUCAGCUAUUUGUUUUCCAUAUUAAAAAGCAUUACCACAUGCUGUACUAUGCACUACUUCCAGAUUACGUCAAACUAUAACUUCUUACAAUGGAAUAUAUUAGCUGUCUGAGGCCUAGGACAGACAGGAGACUGACUGGAGUAGAAAGCUGGAUAUGUAGGCCUGGGUUCUAUGCGAGUGGCAAGGAUUAACCAGCAGAACUACGCAACAGCUGCAGCCCGUUAGUCUCCAUAAGCCAACCUUGAGCACAUAAGAAGUUCAAACUAGCAACAAGGGAUUGGGAGUGACUGAAUAGCAAAGCUGGACAAAAAAUGUUGGACAAAGCUUAUUCAAUGAAAAAUGCAGUUUCAGUUGCCUUCCAACUAUUCGCGAAUUUGACACAAAUAGUUUUGGGCAUUCACAAAAUGGCCAGAGAAGGAGGAGGAGAAAGAUGAGGAGGUAGUGAUGCUGCUAGUGACACUAUCCCCCACUCAUAACCUUUCGCCCAGUGGUUAGGGCACCCAUCUUGAAUGUGAUAGACCUAGGUUUAAAUUCUCACUCUGGAAAAGACUUUUUGAUUCAACAAUUUCAACCCAAACUGAUUUUUUCCCCUAUUUUUUGCAACUGACAUUGAAUUUAAAAAAAAUCAGUUGCUUGCCCAGCUCAGGGAUGGAGGAGAUCUUCUACCACUUCUGACCUCUGCAUCAGACUGUUUUGGAAUGGCUGACAGAGGCCAAGUCAGCCCCUGAAGGGAAGAAAGAGCCCUGUAUGAAUCUCUAGCAAAAUGAAGAGCUGAGAUGAUGGAUUCUGGUUCCAACCAGCCAACCGUAGGACAGUUGAAGGAAAAUAGGAAAGAAUAAAGGUGUAACAUAACUCAGAUCCUCAAGUCUCUGUGUAGAACUUGGGGAAUUCUAGAAUGAUUUGAUGACAGGAGGUAAUAGUUCAUGAAAAUCUAUUUGAAACCUUUAUGGAAAAUUGCUAUCUAAUUUAAGAGCAACAAAACUAUAGGAAUCUAUAAGAGUGAUUCCUACAAUCUACAGACAGUAACAGAAAACUAUAUCCCGUCUGUUUUUAGAAACCACACUACUGAAUUCUACAGCACAGAUACAUUAUUUUAAGCAACAGAAGAUGGUUCUACAAACCUGUAAAAAAGUAUUUUCUACUAAAUUCUACAAGACUUAAUGAUGAAGAAAGGAUAUUUUAAUGGGCCUUUUCAUAAGUCUCCCAGUCUACUGAUUAACACACAAAUCAUUAUUGAAAUUCUGCUUAAAUAGUUUAGCCCCAUGUUUAAUAUGCUGUUCUGCUUUGGAGUUAGAUAUGAGGCCAAUAUUCUUGUAUUUUGGACCACUAAGUACUGGGAAAAUUUGAGAUAUACCAAUCUUAUCGCUGUUACACUAGGCUGAGAUAAUGCCUAGUGUAUCAUUUACAUAUUCUCCAAUGACUAGUUUCAAACAGCUCUAUGCUCUCAAAACACAAUCUUUUCUGGCAACAUGCCCAUGCACUUUAUUAUAUACAGUAGCUUAUCAAAUCAUUGGCUUACUCAUACUAUGCAUAGCUGUAAAUUUUACAAGACAAAUGGAAAUGCAUGCCAGCAUAUCAGAGAGAGGAUUAAGUCCUUCGAAGAAACUGUAAAUUUGGUCUAAUACCAGGUAAUGUAUACACAGUAACUGCUGCUUAUGUACAAAAAGGCAGAAAAGAAAUUUAAGGGAAAAUAGUGACCCACCCAGAUGAUUUAGUAAGUGAAAAAACUAAACACCUAUUCAGAUCAGCAGAGACUGAAUCAUUACUAUAUCUAUGGGAUGAACAAUCCCCGUCUAGCAUGCAGUUUAGUCUUCACCAGAGACCCUGCAAGGCAAAGUGGCUGUGAUUUCACUAACAGUGAUUUUUUAGGAGGUGAGGAAAGUCUACUGAAACUAGCUGUUUGUACUUAAAACUCAGAGCUAUUAGUUUCUCUUUAUUCAGAGACAUUUGUGUACCUGGAAAUAAUGAUUUUGUAUUUUUGCUUUGUUUCGGGCACUAUGUUACAUUGUUUUUCUUUGCACAAAGGACUGAAA